AUGUUAGAAUAUUUGGGUUUGGGUCAGGAUGAAAAUGAACCUGUUCCACUACCUAAUGUUAAUGCUGCUAUAUUAAAGAAGGUAAUUCAAUGGUGUACCUUCCAUCGGGAUGACCCUCCACCACCUGAAGAUAAUGAAAACAAAGAAAAAAGAACAGAUGAUGUUUGCUCCUGGGAUACAGAAUUUCUUAAAGUUGACGAGGGCACCUUGUUUGAGUUGAUUUUGACUGCCAACUACGUAGAUAUCAAAGGCUUGCUUGAAUCUGUCACUAUUAAAACCAUGUUAGAAGAUUUGGGUAUGGAUGAGGAUGAAAUGUUUAACACUAUCCAGUUACUGCAGUGCCGCAGUACAACUCACGCUAAUACUAUACGUAUAUGA